UAACAAUCGUAUAGUCUCACUUACGUAGUCGUCGUUGCAAUACAGCCAGUAAGAUUGUUUUUUAUAAAAUGUACAAACUUUUUCUUCUAUUUCUACUGUUUGUUGCCGUUGACAGCAAUCGAUGCCACAACGAUGGCCACUGCAGACACAGGCAUAACCAACACAGGCCGGCGCGUUACAACAGUCGUCAUUUCGAAAAAGUCUUCCAAGAUAUAUCCAGUACCGUAAUCGAUAUAGACCGCAAGUAUCAAGCAGUUUGCAACAGUUCAAACCAACAGAUAAGUGAAAAUUAUGGAGUUGAUACUUAUACUUUAAAGUAUUCACUUAAAGAAUAUUCCGAAGACAAUGUUACAAUCAAAUUACAACAUCGAGUGAUGUAUUUGAAAGCUGAAAAGAGUCACGUAUCAGUAUUUAAAGAUAUUAGAAUUCUUCCAAGAGUAGUGGAUGCAAAAACAGGUCAGUAUUUCAAACAGGAUGAAGAUUUACUUGUACAAUUCUCGUAUAAAACGAAUCCGAAAACAGAAAAUGUUCUCACCUGCGGUGAUGAUAUCAAUGAAGAAAUUCAGAAGCUGACUAAAGUGGCAAUAACCGAAGAAGAUUUGAGAAUAGGGAAUAAUUAAUAUGGUUUAUAUAUUAGCAAAUGCUUUCCAUGUGUUUAAAAUUAAUUAUAAAAAAAGACGUGCAUAAAUAUUGUAACAUUUUUAAAAAUUAAUAAUUAUUCAAUGUUUUUUUUUUAAAUAAAAAUAUUUU